AGAGUUCUAGGAGCAACACAAAGUUUUAAAUGGCACAAUAAUCAGCCAUCUACUUCAGUGCAAAACCAGUUCAUCCUCCCAUCUGUGGCCAGCUCAUUGUCUCAUUAAAUAUUUCACUGUGAAUGACCCAUAUGUAGAAAAUUGGGAGCUAAUGUAGUAAAUAUAGAUGGAAUUAAUUCAAAAAAUUAAAAUAUACUAACUUAAAAUAUAACAGGCUUCAGGGCAUUGUUUCAUGUAGCCAUUUGACUCAUGUAUUUGUAUAUUCUCACUCUGUAGAGAUGAUUUUCUCAAUUUUCACUUGGAAAGAUGGAGGCAGGCCAAGGCAAAAUAUCUUUCUUGGAGUCUUAUGAUAAAUGAAGACAGCAGCAGCACUAGGUCUCUCAAGCUUUGAGGACAAUCCUAUGAAGCCAAGUCAUCAUCCUCUCCAUCCCUUACAUUUGUUUGCCUCUUCACAAAUAGCAAACACUUUGCUGGAUAUAUGGAUUUACCUUCAUUGCAUACCUAGCCUAUCUGAUAAGCUGAAAAACGUAGACAACGUGACAUAGGGAUAGCUUACCAGAAGGCCAAGACAUGGAAAGGAAACAUUAUGAAAUUUUCUUUCUUAAAGACUUUUAAGAACCAGGAGCAGUGGCUCAUGCCUGUAAUCCCAGCUCUUUGGGAGGCCGAGGCAGAUGGAUCACCUGAAGUCAGGAAUUCAAGACCAACCUAGCCAACAUGGUGAAAUUCCAUCUCUACUAAAAAUACAAAAUUAGCCGGACAUGUUGGCAUGCACCUGUAAUCCCAGUUACUUGGGAGGCUGAGGCAGGAGAACUGCUUGAACCCAGGAUGUGGAGGUUGCAGUGAGCAAAAAACACACCACUAUACUCCAACCUGGGCAACAGAGUGAGACCUCCUUUCAAAAAAGACUUUAAGUGAGUUUCCCAUUUCAGAGAUGAUUAGGGAUACUUCAUUUCUUAGAAAACCCCUCCUCUAGCCUACAUAUCUCUCCAACAAAGGAGAAAGUGUAACAGAUUUCAAUACUCUGAGGAGUAAGUUCUUUUUUUUCUUUAUCUGAAGGAAAUCAGAGAAUCCUUGCAUGUUAAACUAGAAGGGACCUUAGAGAUAAUUUAGUUUAACAAGAUUGGAAAUAAAAAUUCAGGCAAGUAAGGGGAAAGAAACUCGUCUAGAUACAUAGCCAGUGAGUAGCAGAAGCUUCAAGGAGGAGAUUAGAAAUGUGAGUUAGUUUCAUGGAGAAAUACAUAUACAUUAAGGGGUGCUUAGCAUAGGAACAGUAAUGUGAAGGGAAGAGAUGGAUGGAAAAAGAGAGGUUACUUUCAAUAAGGAACAGCUACAGAACUCCAUUCAUACAUUCCUUCAGCAAAUAAUUAUUGAGCUUCUAUCUAGGCACCAUUCUACAUUUUGGGCACAUAGCAGUGAAGAAAACAGAAAAACUUCCUGACAUUAUCGAGCGUACAUUCUAGUUGAUAGAGACGAUCAAUAAACAUAAUUAACAGAUAAUCUAUACAGUAUGCUAGAUGCAGUUCUAAGGAGAAAAUAAUGCAGGAAAGGGGAAUAUAAAAUUUCAAUGGCUAGAAAUGAACUCCCAGAUGAGGUGACCCAGAAAGAGUGUAAUACAAUUUCAAGGGCCAGAGAUCAACUCCUAGACGAGGUGACCCAGGAAGGAUGCACUGAAAAUAUGCCUUGUGAGUAAAGACCUGGGGGAAGAGAGAAGGUGCGCUAUGCAAGAAUUUGGGUUUCAUAAAUAUGGAACAACAAGUUUUUCAUAAAUACAGAGCAGCAGGGUCAAAGGCUCUGGGAAAGGGAUGGGCAUUUGAGUGUUUGAGGAAUGGUGAGGAGGCCAGUGUGACUAGAGCAAAGUGAGCAAGUGAAGGGUGGUAGGAAGUUCGUUCAGAGAGGUGAUUGUGUGGUAAACCAUAUAGGGCCUUGUAGGUCAUAGUAAGGAAACUGGUGUUUAGUGAGGUUGAAAUAAGAAUCUAUAGUUAACAAUAUGAAACUAUGUACCUAAAUUUUAAUAAAGAGUAAGCCUUAUGUUAGGUGUCUGUAUUACAAAGAUAAAAGAGAGAAGGAGGAUGCUUUUAGGGAUGUUCAUUAGAUUUAUGGCAUUAUUUAUGGUGGCUGUUUCAUGAGUAUAUACUUGUCUUCAAAUGCAAGAUAUAUACACAAAAUAUGUGUACCUUUCUGUAUGUCAGUCAUACUUCAAUGAAAAUAGAAUAAAUUUUUAAUGGAAAAGUGACCUGAUCUCACUUACAGUUUAACUGAAUUAUUUGAACUGAAUGGGAAGAAGGCCAGAAACAGGAAAACCAAUGAGGAGGUUACCGGAAAAAUCCAGGUGAGUGAUGAUGAUGCCUUGGAAUAGGGGAUGGCAGUGCAGGUGGCAAGAGGAGUAGGUAGAUUCUGGAUAAUAGCUCUGAAUGCUUAGGAAUUUAUAUGUUAAUUUACUAUCUAUGAGGUUCUCGUGAUCCCCCAGGUACUGUUCUAGGUUCUAGGAAUACAUCAGUAAACAGCAGACAAGGGGCCUGUUCUCAUUAAAUUCACAUUUGAGUGGUAGAUUCUGGAACUAUGGGAAAAUGGAGGCAAGCACAAUCUAGGAAUAAGAGACACUCCAAACACAGACAAUAUUUUAGCUAAGACAUUUGUCAGAAGGUGCACUGUUGGUGGAGAUUAGUAACUCAAGCUAACCGAGAUUCAACCACAUCUAUAUAUAAGAUCUAUCUUGGAAAAUGAAGUGAGAAAGUCAGGAAGAUGGCCUCCCUUUCCUGUCUUCUUAGUUAGGAAAAAUUAUUUAAGAAGACAUCUGGUGGAGGAGGGCUGGAGAACUUUUCAUAUAACUAUUUUUAAAAAGGAUAAGGAACUUUCCAUUUUCUUGGGAUUGAGGAGGGGAUAUUAACUUUGCCUCUGUUCACAUUAUAGAUAUCUAUUCCAUCUGUGUACCAUGUCUUCUGAAAAGACAACAAUAAUGAUUCUGCACAACAUAAUUCUUUCCACCUUUCUCACACCAUCCAUCUUAUUCUCAUUCUUUCAGGUAACAUUAAGUAGCCAAUUGGCAUCCAUUUAAUGAAUAGUGGCAAGAGGGAAAGAUGGCCGUGAACAAUGUCACAGCAGUGUUUCAGUUUCUCCUUAUCGGCAUCUCUAACUAUCCUCAAUGGAAAGGCACGUUUUUCACAUUGGUGCUGAUAAUUUACGUCAGCACAUUGUUGGGGAAUGGACUUAUGAUCUUUCUUAUUCACUUUGACCCCAACCUCCACACUCCAAUGUACUUCUUCCUUAGUAACCUGUCUUUCUUAGACCUUUGUUAUGGAACAGCUUCCAUGCCCCAGGCUUUGGUGCAUUGUUUCUCUACCCAUCCCUACCUCUCUUAUCCCAGAUGUUUUGCUCAAAUGAGUGUGUCCUUGGCCUUGGCCACAGCAGAGUGCCUCCUACUGGCUGUCAUGGCCUAUGACCGUGUGGUUGCUAUCAGCAAUCCCCUGCAUUAUUCAGUGGUUAUGAAUGGCCCAGUGUGUGUCUGCUUGGCUGCUACCUCAUGGGGGACAUCACUUGUGCUCACUGCCAUACUCAUCCUAUCCCUGAGGCUUCGCUUCUGUGGGGCUAAUGUCAUCAACCAUUUUGUCUGUGAGAUUCUCUCCCUCGUUAAGUUGGCCUGUUCUGAUACCAGCCUCAAUGAACUUAUGAUCUUCAUCGCCGGUAUAUUCACCCUGCUGCUGCCAUUUGGAUUUGUUCUCCUCUCCUAUAUACAGAUUGCUAUGGCUGUCAUAAGGAUUCACUCAGCCCAGGGUAAGCUCAAGGCCUUUACCACGUGCGGCUCUCACUUGAUGGUGGUGACAAUCUUCUAUGGGGCAGCCAUCUCCAUGUAUAUGAAACCUCAGUCCAAGUCCUCCCCUGACCAGGACAAGUUUAUCUCAGUGUUUUAUGGAGCUUUGACACCCAUGCUGAACCCCCUGAUAUAUAGUCUGAGAAACAAAGAUGUUAAAGGGGCAAUAAGGAAAGUUAUGUUGAAAAGGACAUGAGCCUUGUUCUCUUUUAAAUGUCUCAAAUAACACAUCUUCCCUGAUGUAGAAAAUGGUUUUAAAGGAUCUGACUUGAUCUUUGGAAGUCAUAUGAGAAGCUUCAGGAAGUGCUCCCACCACAAAUAUUAUUCCUACUGAGACUUGAUUUGCCGUUAGAGGUAUUAUUUUUGCUCUCCUUUGCAUAGAAUAUUAUUAGUUGCUACCUAUUAGGUUACUCAUCUUUGGGUAAAUGAACUUAUCAGAGGAAUUUUCUCACUGACAGAAGAGACCUAUACAGCAAGAGAAUCUUCUAUAACUGUUGACAGCAGGCAAAGCAUAACUGAAAUUGGAAAACGAGACAAAGAAUGGUGUAACAAAAGGCCAGAAGACCAUUGUCAGAAUCUUUACAACUUUACUGAGGGCAAGCCCUCCUAUGUUAAGCACAAUCUCCUUGUUCCACUUAACCUUGGAAUCCUGAGGAAAAUUACCAUAGCUAUUUCCUACAUUUGUGUAGUGUUUUAUACUUGCUUUUUUUUCAAAACAUCUUUCUAUUAAUCUAUUUUAUAUUCCUAAUUUUCCUAUGGAGUUGGUAAGAACACCACCGCAAUUUCCCCCUGUAUUAACGAUGAGGAAACAGAGUAGACAUUGAGACUCAUCUAAAGUCAUACAUAAUUGAUAGUGGAGUCAAAAUUAGAAUUUUUGAAACUAAGUCUGUAAAAUAAUUUGGAAUCAUAGAAUUAUAAAUGCAGGUACCAUUUAUCAAGAACUUAUGAUAUGCUAGGUGCUGAGUGAAGCUCUCUGUAUCUGUCAUCACAUAGAAUUCUCACAGUGGUUCAUUGCCAUGAUACUAUUUUCUUUCUUUCUUUCUUUCUUUCUUUCUUUCUUCUUUUUUUUUAGACGGAGUCUUGCUGAGCUCUGUCUUGUAAUUGCACAAUCUCAGCUCACUGCACCUCCACCUCCCAGAUUCGAGCGAUUAUCCUGCCUCAGCCUCCCACAUAGCUGGGACUACAGGCACCCACCAUCAUGCAUGGCUAAUUUUUUUGUAUUUUUAGUAGAGACAGAAUUUCACUGUGUUAGCCAGAAUGGUCUCAAUCUCCUGAUGUCAUGAUACACCCUCCUCGGCCUCCCAAAGUGCUGGAAUUACAAGCGUAAGCCAUCAUGCCCAGCCCACUAUUUGCAAUCUAUAUUUAGAAAUGGGGAAACUGAGACUCAUAGAGGUUAUGUGCUUUGCCCAUGGCCACAGAAUCAGUACUUAAAUCUACGACAGGUUGAUUCCAGAUCUCACUAUGUUUGAAGGUUAUAAGGAACCCUAGAGAUGAUUAAUGUAUUAUUUUAAUCAACUUUAUCAUGAUAUAAUUUGUAUACAAUACAUCGUGUCCAAUUACAGUUUGUAAUUCUAUGAGUUUUGAUAGAUGCUCACAGAAUCACCAUGACAAGCAAGCUACCUAACAAAUUCGUCACCUACAAAAGUUUCCUUUUGCCCUUUUGUAACCCCUCCCUUCCUCCCUCUACCCCCAAUUCCUGGCAACCAGUGAUCUGAUUUCUUUCACUAUAUGUUAGUUUUUAUUUUUUUAAUAUUGACUAUGAAUGGAAUCAUGCAGUCUGUACUCUUUUGUGUCUGGAUUCUCUCACUCAGCUGCUUUUGAGAUUUUUCUAUGCUGUUGCAUGUAUUAGUAAUCUGUUCCUUUUUAUUGCUGAAUAAUAUUUCAUUGUGCACAUUUAUCACAUCUUAAAAACCCAUUUUCUGUUGAUGGGCAUAAUGCAGUAUUUUUCAAAUCUCGAUUUAUAUAUUUUUAGGGGUUCAGUUGUGGUGCCUGGAGCCUGCUAAUGUGGAGGCUGUUUCCUGUGAGCUACUUCAUCUGAAAAGGGAGUUCUAAAACUAUAAGGAAAGGUUCUGAUAAACAAUGAUCUAUUACAGACAACUGAUUUUAGAUGAGAAAUCUGAGGCUCAGUGAAUGUGGAGUAAAUUUCCCAAGAUCACGAAAUUGUUUGAAAGCAGAUCUAGGAUGAAGACCCAGAUACCCUGUCUCCUGGUCUCACUUUUCUUUGGGCCUCCACCACACAUGCUGAAGUCAUCUCCCAAGCAGCCUUUUCUACCUGUUUGUGAUGAACCAGACACAAACAGGUAGAAGAAAUGCAAUGCACAGUACCUAGAACUACUGAGCAAGCAGAUAUUCAGUGUAUUCCUCUUACCAUGACUGCUGGGGACUGCUGUGACAUUGUAUGAUUUUGCAAAGGGAGUGCUACAGAUACAAGGAGACUGUCGCACAUGCUUACUAACUAAAUGAAAAACAAUUGAGGAUGAAUAAACCACUUAUCAAAACAGCUUAAUUUCAAAAUAAAUGCAACAUUUAUUCAAAUCGUAUAUGUUGUUAAAGGUACAUGAUACUCUUCGUCUCUGAAAUAAUGUUUGAAUAUCAAGAAAGAAAAAAAUUCAGAAAAAGGCAACUGAAUUCAAUCUUUAUCCAUUGAGCAAACAUUACUUUUCUACUUUCAGGCAGGCACUGUGCUAGGUAUUAGGAUAAGACUCAUGCUUUGUGCAAAAUGUUCCCUACUAUCAAGAUAAACCUUUCAAGCAAACAUUGUGAAAUAGACAUAAACUGGCACAAUCAAUGAAAUAUUAAAAGAAAAAAGUGCCUUCGCAUAGAGGAAAAUUUAGAAAUUAGGUGGGAUAUUAAGAGCAUAGGUUUUCAUGAUUCUACCUUUGGAGAGAAAAACAUUCCCUUAUUACAGGUUGGUUUACAGCUUAAAAUGAGAUGCACAUUUUCACUCAUGGUUCCUCUACUACAAAAUGCUAUAGCUACGUCACUAGGUCCUUUCUCCCUUUAUUGACUUGUUGGUAUGGGCACAGCCUACAGACAGAGUGACACAGUGGAGUGUGGAGAUGGAGGUAGUACAAUUGAUUCUGCUACUAACUAACUGCAUGAUCUUAGUUAUAUCUCACCCUGGCCUUCAAACUUGCUCAUCAAUAUAACAGGAAGAUUGUGUUUAGUUACCUAAGGACCUCUCUCUAGUUCUAACAUUCUGCAUCUAGGUGAUAUUUUAUAUAGGGCUUUCUCUUAUUUUCUUUAAAAAAUGCAAGCAUGUCAUCAAUGUACUCUGCAACCUGCUUUUUCCAUUUGACCAUAUAUCAUGAACAUUCCUCCAGAUCAAUAUAUAUAGAUUUAUCUCUCUGAAUUUGAAUGUUAGCUUUGACUGUAAAAGAAGGCAAACACAGCAGCUAGUUAACACAGCUCGGGCCCUUCCAGCACUAACAUUCAGUUUCUAGGCACUAACUCUAGAGGCUAUCUAAUUUUACACUGAGAUUAAUUUAUUUUCAAGAUAAAAAUGAACUCUGUUAGGGUGUUGUGAAAUGAAAUCGAUACUGGGCUUUUGAAAACUCCUCAGGUUGACAAUACUUCUCUGCCUGAUCAACCACAGAGAUCCCAUGAAACCUUCCACUGGGCUCCUCCGUACUUUCCAUCCCAAAUGCUUGAGUAGUGAAGCUUACCUUGCUUCACCCUGGAAAUUAAGAUGGAAAGACUGUGUUGAAACUGAGAUGGUUCUGUCAAAAAUUGAGAAGAAACUUUACAAACUGAAAAGCAGGCUCCAAAUGAUCGUUUUCAUUGAAAUAUUCAUGGAGAUUUCAGAAAAAGACAUAGUGCCCCAUUCAUAGGAUUUGGGUUUUCAGUUGAAGAGAGGCAGUGGAGCACAGCUAUUUAGAGCACAGGCCCUGGGGCAAAACUUGUUAGAUUCCGUCCUUUCUUCUGCCACUUCUUCACUCAAGUCACCCUCUGCUUUGGUCUCUGCACCUGUAAAGUGUAGCACUCUGAGUUUGUUCAGGCAAACAGAAGCUACUCUAUAGCUAUUUCAGGAAGGUAUUUAACACAGGGUAUUAGGGUCCUACAAAGCCUUUGGAAGGGCUAUGAAAGAAAAGAUAAGGGAACAUUGCCAGCAAAAUCAGACAGUUGUAGGAAUUGCAGGAAUCAUGGGAAAUUUUAGAGAUUGUUAGGAAACUGCUAAUGAUGUCACUGAAGCAGAUGUUUCACAGGAGAAUGCUCAGAAGUCACUAAAAUCUUUUCUGAUCAAGCCCACACACCUAAACAAGAUGUCAGGAAGAGCAAUGAUAGUGUCCACUUCUCUUCUGCUUGCCAAGUUUUCUGCAAGUACCUCUCAUGGGUGGAAUCCAAAACUGAACUUUACUGACAAACAACUGUAGAAAAUGUAGCUUCCAAUCUUGAAAAUACAAGUGAGAGCUGGCAAAAGUGUUGAAUGUGACUUCACAGAUUGGUUACGAGAACAUAUAUUAUUCAAUCUAUGUAAAUAAAGCACAUAGAACAAUGUCUGCCUAUACUUAGAGUUCAAUAAAUUUUAGUUGUCAUGAUGGUGUCCAGAUUAUCUGUGGCUAAGAUGCCAGGAAUUGAAGUGCCUACUUGCUUCCUAAAUAGUGCAUCCUGAGGCUGCUCCUUCAAUUGUGCAUUCAAGCAUUCAUACAGAUAGCAUCCACUGAAUAUAUAUUUAUCACUUGCCUACCAUAUAGCAGGUACUGUGCUCAUCAGUAGGGAUGUAGUGGUGAGGGAAGCAUACUUGUUCCUUUCCCUCAAAGAGUUCACCUCAAAGGUGGAGAGAAAGACAUGUAUACAGGCAACAUUAUUUUGUAAAGUUCUACCUUCUUAGUUCUUAUGUUGGUAAAGCACUUCACAAACAUUACAACUUAUUUUAUUCUUGAGCACGUAUUCUCUCCUAUCAUCCUCAAAAUAAUUUAAUGAGAUAAGUAGAGCAGAUAUUGCUGUGAAUAUUAUUAACUGUCAUUUGCAGAUGACAAAAAAAUUAAAGAGGCAAUAAUAUUUAUCAAGAUCAACAAUUAGUAACAGGAUUGGGGUCGGAAUACAAUUCUCCUGAUACCUAGAUUAAUGAUCUUUCUGAUGAGAGCCUGGUGGGUUCAUGGAGUUCUUGGAAGAGGAAUAGGAAGAAGGUAAGAUUGUUGCUAAGCAGAGAAAGGAAAAGACAUUGCAAGUUCAGAUUGUCUAGGUUCAAAUAGCUAGGUUCUGACCCUUACUAACUAUAUGACCUUGGACAACUUUCUGCCUCAGUUUCCAUAUCUAUAACAGGAACAAUUAUAGGACUGACCCUUGUAGGUUGUUAAAUCAGCUAAUUUAUCUAAAAUGCUGAGAACUGUGGCUGGGACAUAGCAAGCUCUCAAUAAACAUUAACUAUUUUUAUCAUUGUUAUUGAACAUAUUAUUAUUACUGAAGUCCCAAUUGACUCAAAAGUAGUUGAUCCCCAUCUCACUGGGCACCUUCUCUUUCUCCUCGUUUUCUCCACUAGUAAUGUGCAUAGUAACUGUUUCUGGUUAAGUGUGAACAGCAGGUCAAACACUUUCACACUGCAACAUCAUUACAGACUGGGAAAAAACAUGCUCAGGCAUCAGGAAGUCAGGAUUCUAGUCUGGGUUCUGCCAUUAAUGAGCUAUGGAACUCUGAGUGAAUCACUUAACCUCUCUGGACUGCAUCUGUUAUACAGGGGAAAAUAUAUUCCUUAACCUACCUCAUGGAAUGGUUAUGAGAUCAUAGAUGUUAGAUAUUAAAAAGUUAAAAAAAAAGUUAAAAGCAUAUUACAAAUGCUACAUGAUGGUAUUAUCAUUAUCCUCAGAGUUAAUCUCUCCAUCUCCUUCUCACUUACACUUGACAACCACUCACUCACUGAAUUUUACUGACUCCUGUUCUGAAACAUCCCCCCAACCCACCGCCUCUUCUCUGUCCUCAAUAUAUCUGUCCUAGUUCACUGCUUUAUCAAUGCAUACCAGAAUGACUAUAACACACUCCUGUUUUUCUCUAGUCCAGUAUUACUUCCCUCUAAGUUAGCCAUCCGAUCACUGUCUCCAUAGUGAUUUUUCUAUAGGGAAAAUCUCAUCAAUCUCAUCAUGUGACAUCACCCCUACUAUAAUCCCACUCCCAGAUUAGAAAUUUCCAGUGGCUCCCUAUUGCCCACAGGAUAUAUGACAUUAACUGAAGCCCCUGCUAGAAUCUCCAUUCUCAUUGUCCGCCGCAUCUCCACAGACCCCAAGCUCCAGGAAGACAAUACUUUAUUUUCCUGAACCGUUUAUGUAACUGUGCUGCUAUACACACUGUUCUCUCUGCCUGCAGAACCCUCUCAACUUCCUAUGUCUGGUAAAAUCUCAGUCCUCCUUCAAGGACCAAAUCAAAUGUCAUUUCCUCAGUGAAGCCCUCUUCAAAGCUCAUUCUACCUUGUAUAAUCCUUGGUAAAUUACAUAAUUCCAUGUCCUUUGCUUAAUAGCAUUGCUUGACUCGCAAUUUAAUGCAUUA